ACUGUGUUGUUCAAAUGAACAUAUUUAUAUAAUUCCUCUUCAGUUAUUGUGAUAUCUUUUUGAUAAUUUUAUUGACAUCUAGGAUUUAUUUCGCUAUAGAAUAAUUGAUUUGAGUUCUCCCUGGGAAAAUCUUUACUUUUAACAAUAAUGGAUACAUGGAAUGUAGACUGAAAAACAGGCUUAUGAUUGCCUCUUGAAAAUUAUUCUUCUACUCUUACAUUCAACACACGCACAAAGGCCGUCAUGGCAGAUGUGGCUCAAGAUUAUAACAUUAAGGAAAAGGUAAACUCAGUAAGAGAAGUUGUCAGUGGGAGAAGCAACAAUGAAAUUAUUCUGGUGCUACAAUUUUACGACUAUGAUGUAGAGAAAACUAUACAGGCCUAUCUUGAAGAUGGAGCCAAAGAGGCUCUACAAGAAUGGCAGUUCUCAGGUACAAAGCCAGUGAAGAAAAAACGCAACAAGAAAAAGACAUCAUCAUCGUCAUCAUCUCAGGCACCUCGUAGCGGAGCACAGUCUACGAACACGAUACAAACUCCAGACAGCGAAUCCGGUUCAGCCACCAGUGUUAUAGUGAAUGGAGAUAUCUCCCAUCUUCCAAUCACAAAUGGAGUUUUAGAUCAUGAAUUAGAUGUGAAUAGUUCGGCAACAAUUUUCUCUAAUGGACCAACAACAAAAACAUAUCAUGUCCCGCCCACUGACUCCCCCUCUGACCCCACCUCCUCCUACCCCACCCACUCUGCCUUUACAACAGCUGUAGGAGAUAGCAACCACUAUGAUGUCAGCUUACCUAACAGCAUUACAACAAGUGAGUCAGGGUCAAAGGUCACCCAGUCAGCAGAAGAGGUCAAGGUUAAACCAGAGUUGAAGGUCAAAGGAGAUAAUAAAGGGGCCAAAGAAAAAUCACCUAGUCCUCAACCUCAAAGACAGCAUCAUUCAAAUCAUCAUCAUCAUAAUAGACAACGAGCACACUCAGGAUCUCAUGGCCACAAUGACACUAGGGACAGAACUACAAGUACAUCGUCUACAGAUGGAAAAACAGGGAAAAAACAUGCUCACUUGGGUUUGGAGAGGUCAGCGAAGGAUCUUCAUAGACAGACGGUAUCCCUUGACCGUUUACGACUAAUCUUUAAUGAGGAAGUUGACAGGUCGUACAAGAGAAUUAAAACUGUGUUUGAUGAAAUCAGAAGUUGUUUAAAUACAAGGGAGACAUUACUGAUGGCUGAAGUGGACGCUCUUAAAGGAGCAGGAGGUGAUGUAUUCACCAUGCGUCAAGGACUUGCCCAUGACCUCAAGGUGAAGAUUGAUCGUGCCGAGGCGAUGGGUGAAAAAGAUCUGUCUGACUUACGACUUGAUAUAAAGCAUUUUGUAAGUGAUAGAAAGAUAGAUGAGGAUCUGGCAAAAACUACAAGGUUUAUGUAUGAUGAUAAACUGAAGAGGGACAUUGAAGAGUUUGGUGAAAUUACACCAGUAAAAUGUCAAUACAUUCAAAUGCAAGGAUCAAUGGCUGGUCUACCAGGUGGUAUGACAAUGCCAGAGCCUCAGGAGCAUAUACCUAAACCUUCUGUAGUUACCCCAAUUAUUCAAAAUGUUGUAGAUACCAACCAGAAGCCUAGUAUACCCAAGUUAGAUAGUAACGAGACCCACGAGAUGGCAGAAUUACAGCGAAGGUUGAAACAUUCUUUAACUUUAGAGGGUAUACCAGUGAAGACUUACCCUGAACGACCAGAGAGUGCUCCGACAGCAACUAACUCCACAGCUAGAAAUAAUAGCACGCCAUCAACUGCUGGUGCAAGAAGAAACAAUCGUUACCGACGUAGAAAUGACCGUGAUAGACCUCCGCGUCAAGAUGGACCAAAAGAGGAUAAUCGUGCAACAUUUAAUCAAGCUCCAAAUGGUGAGAGAGUGAUUUUAAUUGGACGUAAAACAGGCCCACAAACCUCAGGAAGACCUCCUAGAGGUGGGCGGGGCCGUGGUGGUGGUGGGCGAGGCAGAGGAGGCGGUCCAAACAUGAAUAGGGGACCGAAUACAGACACUUCAAAUAAUUCUAAAGAAAAUUUAGGGUCGGGAGUGCAAGGUUCGUCAACCUCUUCUAGUAGUAAAGAUUCAAGUCCUAGCAAACCAUUGCCACAGCGUGAGGGUUCAGGGAGCCCCCGUCGAGGAAGAGGGGGUCGAGGCCAACCUGGGCGUCGUAAUAAUCCAAGCGGUUCCAACGCCUCAAAUAUACAGCAGAAUAGUUCUAAUGAUAAGAAAACAGAAGGGUAAAGAAAAAAAAGAUUUAAAACUAGUCAACGAAUAGUAGCCCAGCUACUUUCUGUGUUUAUGUAAAUAUAUAUAUGUAUAAUUGUUAUAUUUUUUUUGAAGGAAAAAAAAAAUCACAAAAAAAACAAGAGACAACAAAAAAUCAUUGUUACUAUUACAGAUUCUAUUUUUGAUUUCACGUUUUUUUUGUCUGUUAAAUAUGCAAUCUACUUAUAUAUGUUCAAAAUGAUGUAAAUUAUUCAUUGACUGUUACCGCCAGGGUGUACGUGUGUACAUUAUACGCUAAUUGUACCUGUAGGUGAUUAUUGUUGUAUAUUAUAGUAUAAUACUUUCGUUAUUGGAAUGAUUCACAUGUAAAUUAUGUUAUGUAUUUUAUGUACUUUAAUAGCGAUUUUCUGGAUAAAGGUGUUAAUUCUUAGUCAUAUGGAUAUUUAUUGAAGAAAUAUCAUUAUUUUUUCGUGAUUUAUACAUCUGUAUUAAUAAAAAAAAAAUAUGCCAUCAUUUCAUAACAUGUAUUCAUUGAGAAAAAAAAUUAACAUCUCAUUUUUCUGUCAUUUAUUUUAAUUUUUUUUUUUUGUCUCUCGGUCACCUCUUUGCUUUGGGGAUAUAGAAACUGCUACUUCAUUUUCACUGUAUAUGUAAAGUUCGCACAUUAUUGUCACAUCACAGGUAUUGUACGGAGAGAUUUUAUUAUAUAUAUAUAUAUAAUGUGCCCAUUCAUUCAAUUAUUUACUGAUGCAUUUAAUAUAAUCAUGGUUGAGUUAGUUCAUUAGUCAAAUCAAGAUAGUGUUGUUAUUUAGUCGGGCAUGUGUUGUAUGAGCAAAAGUCUUGAGCUGUGCUUGGAAAUUAUUUUACUGUCCGUGCUAAUAAAUAUUGUAUUUCCAGACGUAAUCUUUUACCCUGGUACACAAACUUUCGAUAAUGUGUGAAACAAAUGCAAAGUUUAUAUCUUUAUUAUGUUCCUUUUACAAAAUUUAAAUAUUUUAAGAACAUGUGCUAAGUUUUUUGACAUCUUUUGUUGGAACUAGAAUCUUCUUAAGCCUGUGUUAGUUAAGUGAGAUUUUUUUUCAAUUUCAAGAUUCCUAUUAUUUUCUCUCAAUCGUUUUUGAUAUCUUUGUGUAAAUGAUACUAGGUUAAUAAUGUUGGUAUUUUUUCCUUCUGUUUAUUGUGGAGAAAUUCACUAAAAUGAUUUCCAUAUGUCUGUAAAAUAGGGCUGAAAUACUUAUUGAGAUUUGUGAUUGAAUAAGCUUUGGGUUUUUUUUGUCACCCAUUAAUCUCCAUGUGAUAUAUUUCGUAAGAUGUGAUUAUAUUUCAUGAUAUGUGUUUGUGAUUUAUUUUUUAAGAUGUUUUUUCAUUAUGAAAUUAAUUGUAACUAAAUAAUAUGAUUGCAUUAAAUCUUUAAUAUUUCCCAGAUUUUUGAAAAAAAAAUUAAGUUUGAAAACCAGCCUAGACUCAUUAAAGAUUCUGAUUGGUUGAUUUUGAAUAUGGUUUUUGAAAAUUGACCAAUGGUAGAGCUUAAUUCCUAGACUGGUUAUAACAAUUAAAUUUCAGACUGUGAACAUAAUUAGUAAAACAAACAUCAUUUAUAUAGAUUUAGACAAUCACUAUGUUGGAUUUUCAUCUUUCAUUGAGAAAUGUUGUUGAUGUAAAUUGAUGCAGCUGCCUUACUUACUAAUCAUGCAACAAAAAAAAAGCUUUUUUCUCAUAUAUAACUUGCAUUAUUGAAUUAUGCAUUUCACUUUCACAUUUCUAGCUAUGCACUUUUAGUAUAUUUUCUUUCGUAAUGUCAAGGGUUUAUAUAUGUUUAUCAUUGUCUUGUAUUUAACUGGAUUAUCCAAGGUACAUAUCAAGUAGGUGAACUUAAAAGAAUAUAUAGUAUAUAUUUUGUAUAACCUUACUAUUGAUAUUGUUAGAAAUAGUGAAACUAUCAGUUAAAAUGGAAAAUAAAAUCUGAAAUAAA